CAAUCAGCAAAGAACCCAACCCAACCCACCAUAAACCAUGGCCUCUCUUUUUCUUAGACAGGCUCUGCUCCUCCGCGUUUGCUUCCACAACUACCAACGCUUCACCGCCGGAGGCGUCGCCGCACGUCACCGGAUGUGGUGCAGCGCCGCCGCCAACCUACCGUCGGACGAAGCGGAGAAGAAAACAAACUCCGGCGGCAUCAGCAACAGCUCCUUUGCACGGAAAGCUCAGUAUCCUCCGUCAAGUGAAGCGCGGUGGGAGGACGACCCCGAUUACCGCAAAUGGAAGGACAAAGAAAAGGAGAUUCUCAGCGACAUUGAACCUAUCGUUGUUCUCGCCAAGGAUAUUCUCCAUUCACGAAGGUACAUGGAUGGAGCGCGAUUGAAUGAGGAGGACGAGAAGGCUAUAGUUGAGAAGCUCCUUGCAUACCAUCCACAUUCUGAAGAUAAGAUUGGGUGUGGCCUUGAAUCCAUUAUGGUUGACCGUCAUCCCCAAUAUCGACAAUCAAGGUGUCUUUUUGUUGUAAGAACUGAUGGUGGCUGGAUUGAUUUCUCCUAUCAGAAGUGCCUUCGGGAAUACAUUAGAGAUAAGUACCCUACUCAUGCGGAAAGGUUUAUUAGAGAACAUUUUAAGCGUGGGAGUGGUUGAUGUAUAUAUAGUAGAAUUUGUAUACUUUGGUGUGCUGACUGCUUUUUACAUCUGCUUUCCCCCCUUAUUGUUCAGUGUCCUGCCUCCAUUGUCAAUGGUAGUGGAUAAUCAUUGACUGGGAUAUCAAGCUUAUUAGUUAUUAUGAAAGCUACACAGGAAAUUAUUGAAGUGAACUUCACUUUGUUGACUUGUAAAUUGGUGGUUAGGUAACUGGUUGGCAGUAAGGAACAGAAUCUUGUUGUUGAUCCACCUCUAAAAUAUUAUAUAAGAUAUUUGCUAGAAUUCAAUGUUGUUUUAUGGUCUUCGUAUUUU